AUGCCGCCUCCAACCUGGAGCAUCCACCAUCCAGAGAGCGGUACUCAUACCAAGAUCACUUGGGGUGACGAUGAGAGGGGCACGAAGAAAUAUGAGGACCUCAUGAAGGGUCAUGGGCCUGCUCUCCGCACCUUCAUGGCGAUGAUCGAGGAGACCCAUAACCAGGGACAUCCCUCCUGGCGCCUGAGAGGCAAUCGAACUAUAGAGCAAUUCCGCGCCGAGAAGAUUCAGGAGGUCGCAACACUGACGGAGACGCCUAUCAUCGAUAGCUUACCGCCAGAGUAUAUCGGAAAGAAUUGCGAUGUGGGGAUUGGAAGAGUACCCAUCAUUAUUAAGCCGAAGCCAGAUGUUCCUUCCCAAGACCCGAAUUGGCAGCCGACUACCUACCUCCCUGAACCUCGGCCCUAUUGCAUCGUCUGCUACUCUGUAGAGGUCCCCAAGUUGUGCACAGGCUGUUCUUCUGUCCGAUUCUGUUCCACGAAGUGCCAGAAAGAGCACUGGAAGCGUGGUCACAAGCACAAUUGCCGCCAUAUCGCCGACUUUAGGAGGGAAGCGAACGCCGCCGCAUAG